UUUCCGGUCUGCUUGGCUAUAUAUAUGCCACACCGAUCAGGAAACUGACCAAGCAGGCAAGCGCACAACGAUCUUCGGUCAAUCUUCACCACUCUACUCGAGAAGGACGAGCAGAGGAGAAGGGAAAGCUUGACGCAAUGGCAGGAGGUCAGCUCAACGUUUUGGCCACUCUCGACCAGGCCAAGACACAAUGGUACCAUUUCAUGGCGAUCGUCAUCGCCGGUAUGGGAUUUUUCACCGAUGCAUACGACCUGUUCUGCAUCUCACUCGUCAGCAAGCUCCUCGGCCGCAUCUACUACACUGAUCCCACCCAGAAGAACCCCGGCAACCUCCCGCCCAACUUGUCGGCCGCCGUGAACGGCGUUGCGCUCUGCGGCACGCUCGCCGGACAGCUCUUCUUCGGAUGGCUCGGCGACAAGCUUGGCCGCAAGAGCGUCUACGGGUUCACCCUGAUCCUCAUGGUCCUAUGCUCAAUCGCGUCCGGCCUCUCGUUCGGGCACACGCCCAAUGGCGUCAUAGCGACGCUCUGCUUCUUCCGCUUCUGGCUCGGCUUCGGCAUCGGAGGUGACUACCCGCUGAGCGCCACCAUCAUGUCCGAGUAUGCCAACAAGAAGACCCGCGGCGCCUUCAUCGCUGCCGUCUUCGCCAUGCAGGGCUUCGGCAUCCUCUUCGGCACCAUCGUCGCAAUCGUCGUCUCGGCGGGGUUCCGGAACGCGUACCCGGCCCCGUCGUACGAAACCGACGCCAGGGCGUCCCUCGUGCCACAGGCCGACUACGCGUGGCGCAUCAUCCUCAUGUUCGGCACCAUCCCAGCCGCGCUCACCUACUACUGGCGCAUGAAGAUGCCCGAGACGGCGCGGUACACGGCGCUCAUCGCCCGCAACACGAAGAAGGCCGCGGCCGACAUGGCCAAGGUGAUGCACAAGGUGAUCGAGGAGGAGGAGGUGGUGGAGCAGGAGGAGGAAGUCCAGCGUCAGGUGGUCGGCGGUGACACAUGGGGCCUCUUCUCGUCGCAGUUCCUGCGACGCCACGGCCUGCACCUCCUGGCGACCACCAGUACGUGGUUCCUGCUCGACAUCGCCUUCUACAGCCAGAACCUGUUCCAGAAGGACAUCUUCAGCAAGGUCGGGUGGAUCCCGCCGGCGAAGACCAUGAACGCCAUCGAGGAGCUCUUCCGCAUCUCGCGGGCGCAGGCACUCAUCGCACUUUGCGGCACCAUCCCAGGGUAUUGGUUCACCGUGGCCCUGAUCGAUGUCGUGGGCAGGUUCUGGAUCCAGAUCAUGGGCUUCGCCAUGAUGACCGUGUUCAUGCUCGCGCUGGCGGCGCCGUACGACCACUGGACGCAGCCGGCGCAUCACACCGGCUUCAUCGUGUUGUACGGGCUCACCUUCUUCUUCGCCAACUUCGGGCCCAACAGCACCACCUUCAUCGUGCCGGCGGAGAUCUUCCCGGCGAGGCUCCGGUCCACGUGCCACGGCAUCUCUGCCGCAGCCGGAAAGGCCGGCGCCAUCGUCGGCGCGUUCGGAUUCCUGUACGCGGCGCAGGACCCCAAGAAGCCCGAUGCCGGGUACACGCCAGGCAUCGGCAUCCGCAACACGCUGUUCGUGCUCGCCGGCACCAACUUCCUGGGCACGCUCAUGUCGCUGUUGGUGCCGGAGUCCAAGGGACUGUCGCUUGAGGAGAUCUCCAAGGAGAACGUCGACGACGAUAAGGAAGCCAACGUCUAGAUAUCUGCACACUACUGCGUUCCUGCAUGGGUUUUUCCUGGUUUUGUAUGUUUGUUUGUGUCACUGUGUGCUUUACCUUCAUAAUCUGUCGCGCCGCGCGACGUUUGUGUGUAUUUCGAAAUUACAGUUGGGUCAAUUUCUUAAUCUAAAAUUGUAUUUGUGCUGGUACUUAUGUUU